CAGACUUCUUGUUCUGUUGACUGCAGUUUUUCUCCAUUCAAUUGCGACCUUGACUUUAAAACUUCCAAUGGCAUCAGGUGAUUUCGAUCAAAAACAGGGAUGAACGAGGGACAACCUUUUCCAAAAUGCCUCCUCCAGACAGACGAGCAAAAACGCUUGAUAGGCCAGUUUCAAAAUCUAAAGAAAAAGAGCUUCCUGAUCUACGGAGGCUUCUUUCAUUGCUCUCCAUGCCGUUUUCUAAACAGCAGUCUGGAGGAAAUCAGGGUAAGAGCAGUAAAAAGCCUCAGAAUUCCCCUCAUGUGAAUGAGAACAGAAAGCAGAAGGGGUACACAGCAGCAGAGGCAGCAGAGCUCGAUAAGUUCAGUGUAAAAUACAGAGAGCAGAGGCAUUUCUCUGGACAUCCCCAUCACACCGUCUUCUUAGAUAUCUUCACUGCCCUGAUCAAAAACCGACUCAACUGCAGUGCGUGGCUGUGCCAUUCCUCAUCCGAAAACAUCCUCCGGGUUCUAAUCUGCCUGAGACUGCUGAUAAGAGAACAGCGUUACCAGAAGGUGUUUCACGAGCUCCAUGGCUUGAUCCACCUUAUAAAGUACAUGGAGUCAGUCAGCAGUGCACAUCUGGAUAAUAAAGAGUGUGUCCUGGAAACCGAACAGCUCGUCACCAUGACCUAUGUUUGUCAAAAACUGGCCAUGGUCGAAGAGCAGAGAAAGUGGUUGAUUGACUGUGAGGCUCAUAAGACUAUGGCAAGGCUCCUUUCUGCACGUGACAGUAACGUGUUAUUAGGCGCUCUUCUGGCUCUCACUACUCUGGCAGACAGUCCCGAAUGCAAGGAAAAGAUCGGAGAGCUGCGUGUUGUGGAGAAACUGUUGGUGAUUUUGCACGAGUACGACAUGAUAUCAAAAAGGCUCAGUGCAGAGCUGCUGCGUCUGCUCUGCCCCGUACCAGCCGUUCGUGAGCAGGUGUGUGAAUACGACGGUGUCCCCAUCCUACUCAGCAUGCUUCACACUGAUCAUCUAAAGCUGCUCUGGAGCACUGUAUGGGUUCUGGUCCAGCUGUGCCAGGAUCCAGAGGGCAGCACCAACAUCCGUGCCUGGGGAGGAAUUCAGCAGCUCUUGCGAAUCCUGAAAGGAGAGCGAGUGUACGUUUUCGAUCGUUCCUCCAUAGCGACUCUCUCCAGUGCUAAUGCUUCUGGUCGUCUGCACCCACAACACGUAUGUGAGAAUCUCAUUUCGCAUGAAGCGGAAGAGAACACGCCGGCCUUGCAUGCUGCGUGCUGUGCUGCGAUAACAGAGCUGAUGCUGGACGAUGCUGCGGCCCACCACGUGGUGCAGGAGAACGGUGUGUACAUAAUAAGCAAACUGAUCCUGCAAAAUGGACCAAAAACAGCAUCAUUACAGUGUUACGCUUUCCGGACUCUGCGCUUCCUUUUCAGUAUGGCACGUAACAGACAUCUUUUUAAAAGGAUCUUCCCACCAGAACUGUUCGAGAUGUUUAUAGACAUCGGGCAUUAUGUUAGAGACAUCUCAGCGUACGUCCCUCUGCAGGAAAGAAUCUCAAUCCUCUCGACUGAAGAGCUUGACGGACUGAAAGAACGGAUCGAGGCUGUGAAUCAGAACCGCCCUCCUCUCAGAGUGAUUAACGGCUACUCCAUUCUCGAGCCUCUGGGCACCGGAGCCUUCGGCACUGUUUUUAAAGUGCGUAAACAGGGAGCGCAAAACUGUUUGGCACUGAAGGAAGUUAAUCUUCACAAUCCUGUUUUCGGUCACGACAAGAAAUCCAGAGACUGCAACGUGGACAGAAUAGUGUCCGAGCUCACCAUCAUCAAGGAACAGAUGACACACCCAAACAUUGUGAAAUAUCUCAAGACAUUUUUAGAAUGUGACAGGCUGUAUAUCGUCAUGGAGCUGGUUGAAGGUGCGCCGCUCGCCGAGCAUUUCAGUUCCCUGAAAGAAAAACAUCAGGCGUUCACCGAAGAACGAGUGUGGAACAUUUUCAUCCAGAUGUGUCUGGCGUUACGGUACUUACACAAGGAGAAGAGGAUCGUCCACCGAGACCUGACUCCCAACAACAUCAUGCUGGGAGAGAGAGAUAAAGUCACCAUCACUGAUUUUGGCCUCGCAAAGCAGAAACAAGAAACCAGCAAAUUAAUGUCUGUGGUUGGGACCAUUCUCUACUCCUGUCCAGAGAUCGUGAAGAGCGAGCCGUACGGAGAAAAGGCUGACGUGUGGGCUGCCGGCUGUGUCCUGUAUCAGAUGGUCACUCUCCGUCCUCCGUUCUACAGCAACAACAUGCUCUCACUCGCCACCAAGAUUGUUGAGGCUGAAUUCGAGCCCCUGGAGGACACAGCUUUCUCAGAAAGAGUUACAGACAUGAUAAAAUGGUGCCUGACCCCGAAUGCAGAUUUGCGUCCCGACAUCGUGGAAGUCAGCUCCAGAAUCUGUGAUCUGAUAAUGAAGUUCCUGGAUGGGGUGAACACCUCACAUAACACACUGGAAAAGAGAGCCGAGCGUGACAGGAGGCGAGCGCAGAAAUACUGCAUCGAAAGCAACCGCUUGAGGCUCACCUGCUGCAGGCUGCCUCAGGGAACAGACUUAUAUGAUGAGCUGCCGGUUGGUCAACACGUUUCCGAGUCUGGGACACGGGAACGAAGCUUCUCAGACUUGGUAGAUGAACAAAAUAAUGUACAAGAUUUUGCAUUAAGUCAUGCCUCAACAACGUCCUCAGUCCUGAGUUCAGCCUCAGCUCAGACACAUCUACACCAACAUCGCACUAAGAGCCUGGACAGCUUUUCACUUCCAGACGACCAAAGCCGAGCUGGUGGAGAAAUCCUAAAGCCUAAAGCUCGCCCAGGAUCAGCAGGAAUCUGCGUAUCCCACAGGAAAGUCCGUGAGAUUGAUGAUCCCAACCUAGGCCUUCUUAAGCUUCUCCAUAAAAUCAUAUUCAUUACUCAGCUUCCACCAGGACCUCAGACCAGUUUUCAGCGGCGUGUACUGGAGCGCUUCAAAAAAUCACUGUUCCAGCGUGGGAGCAGUCCGUUUGAUCUAAAGAUGGCGCUCAAUAAGGUGCUUCAGGGAAGUCAGGAGGUAGUAGAGCUGGGGUGGGGCAGCAAGAACUGGUGGUCUAUGGCGCAGUCUGGUCGAGCUGAAACCCACGGAGAUUUGGGCCCUUCAAGUCCACAUGAGGGCUUCACUUACGAGCAGGUACAGGUCAUGAUUGAGGAAGUGCUGGAGCAAGAUUACUACAGCAUACCUGUAUCUAGGAGCGAAUCCGAGACAGGAAACAGCCGAACUGCCAGCCCGUGACUUCACUCGUCCUUGUGGGGUGAUGUAAUAUACCAGGAAGCCGAAAGAACAAAUUUUGCUUCUUCCACACCGAGGCAUUUUUGCUUUAAAAAUUAAGAGUUUGGAGUGACGCAAGGACGUGAAGCAGAGCAGGUCUACAUUCUGAACUGUAGGAACUGUAGCUCAGUUGCAUGAAUCUACUGCUCAAAUGUAAUCGAUCUUAUUCGAAUUUAUUAUAUUGCACAGUAUAUAUUAGUUCUGACCUCACAUCCUGCACAACCUUUGCCUGCAUGCUACCUGUACAUAACUAGCUUCACAAUUAUCUUAAACAAAUUAGGGGUUUGGAGCCCCUUCGACGUUGAGCUUGUCUGCACAAACAUUUAUAUGAAGCUCAUGAUUAUGAAUGUAGGAUUAUUUUCUUGACAUUCCAGUUUCAGUCUCAAGCCUGAAAUCUCAGUUCCUGGUUGUACUUUACUCUGAAACUAUCAGAUUAUCAGAUAAUCUUUGUUUUUUUUAACUGAACUUGUACAGCACUGGAUUAAUUUGAGUUUUUCUGUCUGAGUUAGUCCAAAUUUGAAUAAAGAGCUGGUUGUUUUUC